AUGGCCACGUACCUUGAAGUCGCAAAAGAGGUGGAGGACCACUACGAGGAGUUUGCCAUCGAGGCUUUCAUGGGCCUCCCCUACAUGCCGGAUCUCUGUGACGGUGAAGAGCAAAGUUUGGAGUUCCCUGGAGCGCUGCCCGCCCCUCCGGGGCCCACAGCUUUGCUGCAACUCAAAGCCGAGAGCGAGGCAGCCGCUGAGCAAGGCGAGCGCUACGGCCGGGCUGUGUCCGCGGUCCUCCACACGCUGCGGGCAUCUGCCAGGACGGUGCAAGCUCUCAAAGACCACUCCAGGCUGCACUUGCUGGAAGCAUCUUUUUUCACCCACACCUGGAAGAAGGCAUGCGAGCUCAUCGGGUGCAAGACGAACUCUUUCGUUGACAUCAUGGAUGCAUCGGCGGGUCACACGGCUGAGCUCGUGGAGGUCAAAGCAUCCUGGCACGCGGUUAAAACCCAUCACGUUGCCUUCAUGCAGUUCAGAACGGCCGUUUGGAGCGCCAUGAAUGCCAGCUCUGCCUUCCAUGAGAACUUCACCGGCUUCAUUUACAAUCCGGGCAGAGCACGGGGCUCCAAGCGGGUGAAUCCCAUCUACAAGGAAACAGGUGACGUGCUGUCUACGGCCUUGGCUCUUCGGCGCGGCGACCCGAAAGAGAAUAACAACGGCAAGAACAUCAAAAAGAGCGGCUGGUGGUGCUUCAGUUGGGCAGCUACGGCCACCGGAUCCUACGGCAAGAAGUUCCCGACUAACGAGGCGCAGUUCGGCGUGAUCAUAGGUUUCAAGCUGAUCACGGGCUCCACCGCGAGCCUGAAGACUCUCUUGAGCAGCAAGGAGCCGACUGUCGACUUGAAGACGUCUGUCGGCCUCACCAUUGGCUAUGUUCCUCAACUUGCAAGCUUUGUCGGUGUCCGAGCAGGUGUAUCCGUCGGGGGUACAUUGACUCUUGGCCCGGGGAAAGCCAAAAUGAGCGUUUCACUGGGGCUUGGCAUGAGUGCAGCCACCGGCGCCAUCCAUCAUUCACUUUGCGGCGGGCCCCCGAAGAUUGGAAUUUUCGGUUGUGGGGGCAGUGUGGCGGUAUCCUUCACAUUGUUUUGCAAGGAGAUCAACUUCCUGAACGGCGACAAUGGUGCUGCCUUGGAUGACCCGUGUGCCACUGGCAGCAAGGUGUACGUCCAGAAUCACCGCCGGCGCCGCCGCUGGCACUACGACAUGCCUGGGCAGGCCCGGACAAGUGAGGAGAAGGCCGAGUAUUGCCGAGAGCGUUGCAACAGUGUGAAGGGUUGCAAGCAUUAUUCCUACUGGAAGGACGGAGGUUGCCACCUUCAGGAUUGGGAUUCCCACACUGAGAAAAAGAACAACGCGAAGACUGGCCCCCCUACAUGCUGCGCAGUUGGACGGACGAGGUGGGAAUACCCCUGGGGUCACCGCAGAAGGAGAAUCCUCGACAUGAGCGGACAGGGACGGACCAGUGAGAACACGUUGGAGGAUUGCCGAAAGCGUUGCAAGAGGGUGAACGGCUGCAAGCACUGGACCUACUGGACGGACGGUGGCUGUCACCUGUCCGAUAAUGGUGCCGAAGUGAAGCCCGACAGUAGCCGCCGGCGACCGACUGUUUCCGGAGUCCCAGUUUGCGAAGAAGGCUAG